UUAUUUUAUUAAUAGUUCAUGUCUUAGAAAAUAUGAAUAUGCAGUAAAUAUAUUAAUGCAGAUGUUAGUGAGGCUGUUGAACUGAUUUGUUUGUUAUUCUGUAGUGUAUGUGUUUGAUAAACAUGGUCUGAUGAUCACAUAACAUGUUUCAGUUCCCUUGAUGGAGAAGCCGCCUGAAGCGGAGCAGCCUGAAGCAGACCAGUUUGAGUCACCAGGAAACGAGGAUACACACAAGAAUGUUCCCGACAUUGACAAGCAGCCUACAGCAGAUCAGCAGUCCAGGGAGAAGGACAUCAGUGACCUGUUCGUGGAAACUGAGGGUUACCGGAAGGUUAAGGAAAAACUGGAAACACUUGGCCACGUGACAAUAAGUGGUGCCCCGGGAGCAGGUAAAACAUUCGUGGCUCUGAUGUUUGGAGCUGAAUACAGGAGACAGGGGUAUGAAGUGGUACUGGUUGAGGACCUUGGUACUUUCCAGUUGUCUGAUUGUCUGUGUAAGGACAAAGACGUCUGCAUCAUAUUCGAUGACGUAUUUCAGAGCGUUGGGCCAUCCAUGGACGUACAUCGCCUAAGACAAGUUAUCUAUGAGCUCCAUGGACAUCUUGAACCCUGGAAAACCAAGUUGGAAAGAAGAUACAACAUCCUGCAGCAGACACCAGGAACGGAACAAAGAAGAAAAGAUCGUCUGAACUUGUAUUUUAUAUUUACCACAGAUUCCAACAACCUUGAACAAGCAAGGCCAAAUCUCAAAGAACCUAUAUUGUUCCAAAACUCUUCAGUAGUAGACCUGACCAAAUUGAUGACAGGUGAAGAGAAGAAGGCCAUAUGGUUGAAACAUAAAGAUCAUUACGACUGUAAAACUGAGGUCAACGUGAAAACAAUUAUCGCAUACGGGGAAAGGGUUGGUUUUCCUCUGGCAUGCAAGCUUUUCUCAAGAUAUGCUCACUUUCAAAAACUUAAAGAAUCGUUUUUUGAAAUGCCUAAAUUCCAUCUAAAACAGGAACUGCAUAAGAACAUAAAUCACCUGGACGAUCAGUCAGUAAUAUUUCUGUUGAGGUCACUAUGUGGAGGUGAACAGAAUACAAGAAAACGGCACACUGAAUCCGACAACAAAAUACAAGACACACACCUGAAGGAGGUCCUGGCCCUUGUCUCAUAUUCCCAUCCUCUAAUACAAGACAUGUGUAUGUCUGCCAUAUUGGAUACUAAACCAGAGCUGUUCCUCCAUAACUGUAGUUUAAAGUUCAUCUGUGACCAUGUACGUGAUCUGCAGCAUGACACCUCUCCAGCAGAACAGAGUGUCAUUUAUUUCCCAGGUGCUCACAGUGACGUCAUUACUGCCAGGCUGGCUGAAGCUGUUGCUGAUGGCACUUUCAGUAACUACAUCAUGCAUCCCAUGUGGAAAAUGAAGGAAGUUGCAGACAAAGUGCAACAAAUGUUUCCAGAUGAUGGGACCAAGUCUCAUGAUACAAAGCACGGUAUUCUCCAUUAUGCCUGUUUCGUGGGGAACAACGACAUCAUAGACCGACUUCUCCCCCUUUGUGACAUCAACAGACGUGCUGUGAAUGGUUGGACGCCAGUUAUGUUUGCAGUUGCUGGUGGACAGAUGGAUAGUUCGAAACUUCUAGUGGUUCAUAAAGCUGAUAUCACACUGUGUGAUGCCAUCAACAAUAACCUGUUACAUUUGGCUUGUCAAUAUGGAAGCAUUUCACUUGUCAAAUAUGUUGAAAAAAAGCUGAAGAAAAGUAACACUUGUCAUAUCAACAGUCGAGGAGUGAAUGGCUGGACAACGAUUAUGCAUGCAACUGUCGUGGGCAAGAAUGAUAUCUUUGAUUAUCUAGUCAAACAAGGCAGAAGUGAUUUAACCUUACGUGAUAGCAACAACAACACUGCUCUUCAUCUGGCAUGUAUGUAUGCCAAUAAAACCAUUGUUAAUUCGUUGUUACCAUCAACAGACAAAGAUUGUCAAGGGAAUAACGGCAUGACGCCUGUGAUGUGUGCUCUAUUGUCAGGGAGGAUGGAUGUGUUUAACCUCCUCGUGUCACAAAAUGCAGACACGGCAUUGACUGACGAUGAUAACAACAGUCUCCUUCAUUUAGCCUGCCUCCUUGAUGACAUACCCGACAUUCUACUAACAAAGAUUGACGCUGAUACUCAAGGAAAUCAGGGUUGGACACCUCUAAUGAAGGCAGCUGUCAAUGGAUCAAAACAUGCAUUUGAACAGCUGGAUAAAGCAAAGGCUAAUCAUUACCCGAAAGACGACAAAAACAACACUAUCGUUCACCUGGCAUGUCAUGGUGGACAUGUCUCCAUUGUGAAACAUGUUCUGACAAUGUAUGACAUCAACAGUCGUGGGAAUAAAGGAUGGACGCCAGUUAUGUAUGCAGCUGCCAGUGGAGCGAAGGACGUGUUUGACCUGCUUGUGUCUUCUGGGGCUGACGUGUCUUUGAAGGAUGACUACAACAACUCUGUAUUCCAGUUAGCAUGUGUAGGUGGGAACCUAUCCAUUGUGGAAUGCCUACUGCCAAAAUCUGAAGUCAACAGUUCGGAUUACCUCGGCAGGACUGCACUUAUGAAAGCUGCUGAGUCAGGGCACAUUCGUGUUUUCGAUUUUCUUGUGUCACAAAAAAAUCAUCUUAUACAGACUGACGACUUCAAUAACACCGUCUUACAUUUUGCAUGUGCGGGAGGGAAUGUAGACAUUCUUCAACAUCUCCUGACAACAGCUGAUCUCAAUGCGAGGGGAACGAAUGGCUGGUCACCAGUUAUGGUAGCAGCUCGAUUUGGAAAGUCAGACGUUUUCAACUUGCUUGUUUCAAAAGAAGUGGAUCUCACUCUGAAAGACGACCACGGUAACAAUAUGCUUCACCUCGCAUGUCGAGGUGGAGACAUGUCGAUCACAGAGCAUCUGCUUCCAGAGUUUGACAUCAACAGCCGUGGACAGGAUGGCAGGACGGCUGUGAUGUACGCAGCUGUCAACAGAGUGAAGAGUGUGUUUGAUCUGCUUGUCUCAGGGGGAGCUGAUACUUCGCUGAAGGAUGACCACAACAAUUCCGUGUUUCAUUUAGCUUGUCUGGGUGGAAAUAGAUCAAUAGUGGAACAACUACUUCCAAAUGUAGACAUCAACACUUUGGAAGACAGUGGGAGAACAGCAAUCAUGAAGGCAGCUUUUUCCAGAAACAAAAAUGUUUUCGAUUUUCUGGUCUCAAAGAACGCCGACGUGAAAGUGAUCGAUGACUACAGAGACAGUGUCCUUCACUCAGCAUGUAAGGGAGGAGAGUCCACGAUCGUUCAGUGUGUUCUCCAAAUGCUUGACGUCAAUACCAGGGGAAAGAAGGGUAUGACACCAGCGAUGAUAGCAUCCUCGUUAGGAAACAGACAUCUGUUCAACGUGCUUGUGUCACAGCAAGCAGAUCUCACUCUAACUGACGACCACGGUAACAACAUGCUGCAUCUCGCCUGUCAGGGAAGAAACAGGUCCAUCAUUAGGCAUCUGCUUCCACUGUUUCACAUCAAUGCUCGUGGACAAGAUGGCAGGACGGCUGUGAUGUACGCAGCCCUGAAUGGAGUGAAGAGUGUGUUUGACCUUGUCUUUCAGGGAGCUGACAUGUCACUGAAGGAUGAUUACUACGCGCCCAUAUUUCACUUAGCUUGUCGUGGUGGGAACACUUCAAUUGUAGAAUACCUCCUACAGCGGAGUGAUAUCAAUCACCGGGGAUUCAACAACAGAACAGCUAUAAUGGAGGCAGCUUUGGCAGGCAAAACUAAUGUUUUCAAUCUGCUUGUGUCAAAAAGAAGCUGAGCUGAAUCUUACCGACGACUACAAUGAUAACGUUCUACAUUAUGCAUGUCUUGGCGGAGACACAGCUAUUGUAAGGAAUCUUCUGAAGAUGUUGGACAUAAAUGCUAAAGGACGGAAUGGCUGCACACCAGUUAUGCAUGCAGCUUGGGCAGGACAGAGGAAUGUGUUCAGCCUCCUUGUGUCACAAAGUGUUGAGAUGGAGCUGCUGGAUCUCUCCAGGAACAAUUUACUGCAUCUUGCUUGUCAGGGAGGAAACACGUCCAUCAUAAAGUAUCUCCUGCCACAGUUUGACAUCAACAGUCCGGGAGAAGAUGGAUGGACGCCAAUAAUGAUGACAGCACUCAGUGGAAAGAUGGAUGCUUAUGAUCUGAUUGCAACAAAUGGGGGUAUCCCAUCUUUGACUACUCCACAGAAUGAUAAUGGUCUUCAUGCAGCUUGUCAAGGUGGGAACAAAGCCAUUGUUAGGAAGGUUAUUGACAGCUUUGGCAUCAACACACUGGGUAGGAAUGGUUCCACUCCUCUGAUGAGGGCUGUUGCUGGAGGUCAUAUGAGUGUGAUGAAGUUCCUGAUGUCCCGGGGUGCUGACCACACUCUGGUGGACAAGGAUGGACUCACUCUUCUACAUCUUGCUUGUAGGUAUGGCCACCUUGACAUUGUGAAGCAUAUAUCAGACAAGUUCAAUAUAGACACUCAAGACAAAGGCGGCUUAACAUGCAUCAUGACAUCAGUGUUACAUGGUAAAGUUGCAGUGUUUGACUACCUGAGAAGUAGAGGUGCUGAUCUGACACUGGUUGACAGUACAGGUGAUGACGCCUUGAACAUUGCCCUUAAAGUGGACUGCAGACAAAUCAUAGAAACACUUACAUCAGGUGGAGAGUCAGAGAGGAAUGUCAAGCCAAUGAAUGACAUAAUGAGAUCAAUAGUUAGAUCUGACGUGUACCAUCUGAAUAUGUACAAGCCAGACAGAGUUUAAAUUCGGGAGCUAGAGAUACCAAAAUGGUAAAAUAAAUCAAGAAAAUGACACCAUUGAUUAUACCGAUAAAGUCGGUAUAGGGGCUUGUGCCUGACUCGAAGGUCUACAGUUACAGACGUCUUUGAUAAACGGGACAAGAACUUACCUUGAAGGACUACAGUUGAAGGAGCCUCUAGUACAGGAGGCAAGUAUUUUGCUUGAAGGGCAACAGUGAAGAAAGUCACCUCUGAAGGGAGAAGUGUUUUGACUUGAAGGUCUACAUUUAAGGACGUCAGUGCUAGAGGAGACACAUACGUAGCUUGAAGGUCUACAGCUGAAGAAAUCAUUGAUAAAGGAGACAAACACGUAGCUUGAAGGUCUACAGCUGAAGAAAUCAUUGAUAAAGGAGACAAGUACGUAGCUUGAAGGUUUACAGCUGAAGAAAUCAUUGAUAAAGGAGGCAAUAACUUAGCUUGAAGGUUUACAGCUGAAUAAGACCGGAUCUGUUUCUGACUCAUCAAAUGCCAGAGAAGAUAUCAUCAAACCACUUUGAAGAGGCAGCAAUGAGUGUUUUGUGUAUAAUGUGUGUACAUAAAUAGUAUUAACUGAAUAUAGGAAAUAUAGUGGAUAUUGAAUAGUUGUAUCACAAUGGACAGAAGAGAACUGUUGUAAUUGCCAUGGUUUAAUGUUGAUUUUACUUUCCUGGUUUGUAUGUAUUGGUAUAUUUUCAUACAGGAGUUAAAAAUAUAUAUGCUGUAUGUUUCCCAAUUGUGAAGUAGUUUAGCAUACUUCUUUAGACUUCAAUACUUUCGUCUGUAAGAAUUACACAUUUUGUUAAGGAUCCAAACUUACGUCUUUAUCAGAUAAAGGGAAUGUGUUAUUUUCA